AUGGACGCACUACAGAAGAAAUCCAUUCAGUCUUCUCGAGGAUUCACGUACACUUACUACGUGUCGAACCCAGUGGGAGCCACACCGAACACACCACCAUUGCUUUUGCAACACGGCUUUCCAGACGACGCCCAUACGUGGCAGUAUAUCAUAGCGAAACUUCCACAGUACCGGAUCAUCGCCCCCGACUUGCUCGGAUAUGGCGGAACUUCCAAGCCAACGAACCCUUCUGCAUAUGAGUUCUCUGCGCACACCAAAGAUCUCACGGAGAUACUUGACCAGGAAGGCGUCGAGAAGGUGAUAUCUGUGGGCCACGACUGGGGUUCUACCGUUGCUCAACGCCUCUACCUUUUUCAUCCGGACCGGGUGGCCGGAGUCGUCCUCCUAAACGUGCCUUACUUGCUACCAUCACCAGAACCUUUCGAUAUAGUGGCGACCAAUGAUUAUCUCGAGAAAACCCUUGGUUUCACAUUCCUGGGAUACCAAGAGUUUCUGAUUACCGACGAGGCUCCUGGCAUCCUGAAGGCGCACGCCGAUCGGGUAUAUGAUGGAAUGCACGGUGCACCGCGCGAUUGGAUUUUGAGCAUCCUCGGACCAAGGGGCAAGUUCAAGGAGUGGUUGCUCAAUGAAAGUGGCGAUCUAACUGUGGAGCCGCGCGAAUAUGCUAAAGACCCUGAGCAUAAACGCGUCUUCGUCGAGAGGUUCCGGAGGGACGGAUUUGAAGCCCCUGUGUGCUACUACAAGGCAUCUUGCUACAACAUAUACUACGAAAAGGAGAAGUCUCUUUCUCCAGAGAGGCUUGUCAUCAAAGUCCCGCUGCUGUAUUUUGGGUGCUCCCAAGAUGGAGUGUGUCGCCCGGAGCUCAUGGCACCUGCCAAGGCGGGUGGUUUUGUCCCAGAUCUUGAGGAAAUUUUGCUUGACUGUUCGCAUUGGAGCCCCCUCGAGGCACCGGACAGCAUUGCCAGUGGUAUACAGCAGUUUCUCUCCAAGCGGUUCUAA